AUGGAGACGAAACAUGGUACGCCGCGUCUGUCACUCACAUCAAGCAGCACUCAAAACCAAGUAUGGGUGAAAGGUACGGACGAUAAGGUGCCGGCGGAUGUCACCCUACUCUCCCUCAUUCCCAGCCUCGGCGUUAUGCCCAGUUUAUACACAUCGUACGUUGCUACACAAUCAGUUAAUCCAGUUAAUGACUUACCUUAUAUAUCCCUAAGACUUAGGCUAGCUUUAUUAUUAUACUUAAUAACCUUACUGCCUACUGGUAUUAAAGACUUUACUACUAAGCCUUAUAGAUAUAAACUUUAUAAGGUAGGCUAUAACUAA